UCCGUUUCUAACCACAAUUUGAAGAAAUAACAUGGGACGCCGUAAGAAGGGACGUUGUGUAAGGAAAAAUAAACCGAUUGGUGUGGUAGAAGAUGUAGAUACAGUGAAAGCGCCUCAUUCAUUUGUUGUUCAUCGUGGAUUACCUGGAGAACAUAUUGAUGAACUUACCAAAGACUUCCGAAAAAUAAUGGAACCUUAUACGGCAAUGGCUUUAAAAGAAAGGAAAAGAAAUACAAUUAAGGAUUUUGUAUCUGUGGCCAGCUUACUUCAUGUUACACAUAUGUGUAUAUUUACAAGAACAGAACAAGGAAUGUAUUUUAAACUUUGCAGGUUAUCUAGAGGACCAACACUGACAUUCAAAAUACACAGCUUUUCCUUAGCACGUGAUGUAGUAUCUUUGUUAAAAAAGCAAAUGGUAUAUGAAGAAUUAUUUAAGAAUUCUCCGUUAGUAAUACUAAAUAAUUUUAGUGGAGAAGGUAUGCAACUGAAGCUUAUUGCUUCUAUGUUUCAAAAUAUGUUUCCAACGAUAAAUUUAACUUCAGUAAAUUUAAGUACAGUUCGUAGAUGUCUAUGUUUGAAUUAUAAUACAACAUCAAAAACUAUUGAUCUCAGGCAUUAUGCUAUUAGAGUAGUGCCUGUUGGUUUAUCAAAAGGUGUUAAGAAAUUGGUUCAAGCUAAGAUACCAAAUUUAUCUAAAUGUGGUGAUUUUUCUGAUUUCUUAAUGAAAGGAACAGUUUCUGAAAGUGAAGCUGAAGAUGAUCCUGCAAGUCAUGUUACAUUAACCCAAAAAUUGUCCUCGCGCGGUAAUCAUGCAAGUAGUACAAGUGCAAUCAGACUUUCUGAAUUAGGACCUAGAUUAACAUUAGAGUUAGUAAAAGUUGAAGAUGGACUUAUGGAUGGUGAAGUACUUUAUCACGAGUAUGUUCACAAAACAGAAGAAGAAAAGUUAUUAAUAAAGAAAAAACGAGAAGAAAAGAAGAAGUUGAAAGAAAAAAGGAAAAAGAUACAAGAAGAAAACAAACAAAGAAAGGAAUUACAAAAACAAGAACAUAAAGAAAAAUCUUUGAAGGGAAUGCAGAAAAAGAAAGAAAGUGAUAAAUUAUUACAAAAGUUCGCAAAAGAAUCUUUUGAAGGGAGCAAUGUAAAAGAUGAUGAUGACGCACAAUAUUAUCGCGACGAAGUUGGCGAAGAACCUGAUAAAGAUUUAUUUGCAAAAAAUGUCGGCAAAAAGAGGUCUGAAAAGUUUGUACCUAGAUACAAGAUAAAGAAACAGAAACUUGACGAGUCUUGA